AAUUUCAUUUACAUAGUUUUUUUAGGUCUUGAUAAGUUGGUUUAAGAUCUAUUAAGAAUAAAAACCAUUGGAAGUUUAGAAAUAAUGUACAAUUUUGUUAAUGUAAAAGUCGUAUCAGCAGGCCUGACAAUUACUGCAACUGAUGCUACCAGCGACCAUUUACCAACUAAUAUCAGUCCCGGUACUCCCGAUGAAGAAGGAAGGCAAUUUUAUUAUAGACCUGUCAGAAGGCGGGAAACAAAAUGGGAUCUUUACUGUACCAAGCUUGGCGCUGCAUUAGCGCGUGAGUUAAAAAAGGCUAACAAGAAUAUUGUAAUUAACAAUGAAGUAUUAACCGAUUUACCUGAAGGUUAUAAACUUUUCGAACAUGUCAAGCAUUAUGUUCAUGAGCCAAAAAAAUAUAGGACGGACACGUAUUUGUUCGUUUUGGCUCGAUUAAGUUUCGAUCUCCUGCGGAAUUUGAAGACCAUUUAUUAUGGUUAUCGUCAGAUCAAUCUACCAAUUG